AUCUGUUAAAGCCCAAAGGUGUGCUUCGGUGACAUCACCUCCAGAGAGAGGUCCUGGUGCAGAGGAGCCCUCUCGGGUUCGCUGCCAGAAGAUGACUGUGCAAAGCUUGCAGGCGAGGAGAAAAUGAAGCAAGUAAUUGGGUUGUGCCAAGGAAUAAGCCAAGAAAAAGCUUUUUUUUAUCCUAGCAUGGCAAAUGAAGAAGAUGAUCCAAUUAUACAAGAGAUUGACGUGUUCCUGGCCAGAAGUCUACUGGAGAAGCUCUAUCUGUUUCAGUAUCCCAUUCGCCCAGCUUCCAUGACCUACGAUGAUGUUACACAUUUGUCAGCGAAGAUAAAACCAAAGCAGCAAAAGGUUGAACUGGAAAUGGCCAUUGAUACUUUGAAUCCUAACUAUUGUCGCAGCAAGGGAGAGCAGAUCGCUCUCAACGUGGAUGGCACAUGUACAGAUGAAACAAGCACCUAUUCCUCGAAGCUUAUGGACAAGCAAACUUUCUGCUCUUCCCAAGCUGCCAGUAAUGUUUCCCGCUAUGCAGCUGCUGUUUAUAAAAAAGGUGAACUUCACUUGACUCCACUACAUGGAAUUCUUCAGCUGAGGCCAAGUUUCACCUACUUGGACAAGGCUGAUGCAAAACACCGAGAAAGAGAAGCUGCUAAUGAAGGUGGUGAUUCAUCCCAGGAUGAAGCUGAAGAUGAUGUUAAGCAAAUUACUGUGCGAUUCUCCCGCCCUGAGACUGAGCAAGCUCGGCAGCGACGUGUUCAGUCCUAUGAGUUCCUGCAGAAGAGGCAGGCAGAGGAGCACUGGGUUCACCUGCAUUAUUAUGGCUUGAAGGACAGCCGCUCUGAACACGAGCGCCAGUAUUUAUUUAGUCAAGGUCAUGGCCUUGCUGAAAACACAGAAUUAAUUAAAUCUCCCAGUGAAUAUUUAAUGAUGCUGAUGCCUCCAAGCGUAGAGGAAGAGAAUGAGAAACCAAUGGCUCCAAGCAAUGUGCUUUCUAUGGCCCAGCUGAGAACUUUACCCCUCGCUGAUCAGAUCAAGAUCCUGAUGAAGAAUGUGAAGGUGAUGCCGUUCGCCAACCUGCUGGGUCUGCUGGGCUCGGGCACCGACCCCACGGCCGUGCUGCGCUGCGUGCAGCAGGUGGCGCUGCUGGUCCAGGGAAACUGGGUGGUGAAGAGUGAUGUUCUCUAUCCGAAAGAUACUUCUAGUCCCCAUAGUGGAGUUCCUGCAGAAGUGCUCUGUAGAGGGAGAGAUUUUGUUAUGUGGAAGUUCACACAGGACCGCUGGGUUGUGAGAAAGGAAGUAGCAGCAGUUACAAAACUCUGUCCAGAAGAUGUGAAAGACUUCCUAGAGCACAUGUCUGUGGCCAGGAUAAACAAAGGCUGGGAGUUCAUGCUCCCUUACGACGAAGAUUUUGUUAAGAAGCAUCCAGAUAUAGUUCAGAGGCAACAGAUGCUGUGGAUGGGCAUUCAGGCCAAAUUAGAAAAGGUCUAUAAUCUCUUAAAGGAGCACUUGACACCAAAGAAACAAGAGGCACAAUCAGCUCAUCCGUUGCUGGUUUCUGGGGAGCAAAGGGUCAACAUGGCUAAAGCAAAAGUCAAGCAGAACUAUGGGCAGCUGGAGAAGGAGUUGCAGAGGCAGAAGGCAGAGAUGAAAUCAAGCGACAGCUCGGCCAAGCCGGACGUUCCCAACAUCCGCAUCAAAGAGGAGCCUGUGGGUGAGGAGGAGCCCAUGGACACCUCGGCCCACGAGGGCCUCAACAACGGGCUGGUGAACGGCCUGCACCCAGCCCAGGGCUCCUUGGAGCCUGUGAAUGGCCACCUGCCCGGGGGCUGCAUCGACAGGGUCGCCCAGGAACUCAAGGCCUUUGUGUCCUCCACGUUUAAGAAACAGUUUGUACUCACCCUGAGUGAGCUUAAACGGUUAUUUAACCUUCACUUAGCCAGUCUGCCUCCAGGACAUACCUUGUUCAGUGGCAUUUCUGACAAAAUGUUACAGGACAUGGUGUUGGACACUGGCUGCAAACAGAUUUUGGUGCCUUUUCCUCCACAGACUGCUGCCUCACCAGAUGAACUAAAGGUCUAUGCACUUUGGGAAGCUGGUGACACUUACGAUCAGCAUCGCCAAGUUUUGCUUGAAAUCUUUUCGAAAAACUACCGGGUGCGCAGGAAUGUCAUCCAGACCCAGCUGAGCCAGGAGUGUGGGGAGGACCUCAACAAGCAGGAGGUGGAUAGGGUUUUAAAGGACUGCUGCGUGAGCUACGGCGGGAUGUGGUACCUCAAGGGGACGGUGCAGUCCUGACACGGGGCAGAGGCGCGGGGUGAGCGCGGCCCGCGGAGGAGCCGCGGCCGGAGCAGCGCGGCCGGGCAGGGCUGGGCUGCGCCGGGCCCGCGGCGGCCGCUGCCAGCACACCCAGAGCUUGCAUGGCCUGCGAGGCGCGGCAGCGCCGGGACGGCACCGCGGGACCCUGGCUGCAGCUUGAUUCAUCUGGGAUUUCUGAUGUAUUGCAAUUCUCCUUCUGUUUCGUUAUGGCAAAAUAAAACCACAUAGUGACACAGACAUGAUGGAAAAUCAUGGUCUAAAACUUUAUUUUGUAAGUAAUGCCAAUAAAUUAAAUUUGUUUACAAACAUCCCAGUUUUUGUUAAAUCCCUGGAUGCUCAUACUUUAGUGUGAGCAUUGUCAUAGCCCUUGCAGCCCUCUUCAUAGAGAGCAGGUAGUCGUGUUCAUGGGAAUGUCAGGCCUGGGAGGGGGGAACAAAAUCACUGUCUGUGAACUCUGUAUUACAUAGCCUUGUUCUCACCUGUUGUCUGUGAAAUGAGUUAUUUGGAGAAGUACCUACAUCUGAGACAUGGGGAACAGCUACUGGAUUUCUUCUAGUGGUGUGGGGUUGGUUUGAGGGACCUUGUGCAUUUACUGUGUGUGACAGAGCAGGUAAGUAACCGAGGGCACCCUCUGGAAGGCAUCCAGCUGUAGUUACCACACAGCAACCAUGUAAAACCUCUAUUUUGUGUAAUUUUUAAAUAAAAUUUUAUCUCAAAUAAUUCUACC